AGUGUGUUCAAUGACGAUUGUGAGAUCUAAAAUGAAUCACUUUUACUAUAUUUGAAACUGAAACAUGGUUAGCCCUAAUCCUAAUCCUUUCCAAUUUUCGACAGAAAAAAACCUAAUGUCUCAUCGAGACUCUGAUUCCAAGCGUCGCCACUCCAAGUUCGAUCAAGAACCAAGUCCCAAGAGAUAUAGAAGGGAUGGUAGACAAGAAAGAGAAAGGGACAGGAACAGAGUAACCUCUGAUGGUGGAGAUAAGAGAAACCCGCCGCCACCACAUCAUUCUAGGCGAGAACCUUUCGAUGCUUCUGCUCCCAAGAAAUCAAAUUCAAAUGAUCAUGGACAGCCAUCCAAACAUUCGUCUCAGCCAUCAAGAUCUCGCUCUUAUUACCAGCAUGAAGAACGGGGUAGUACUGGGCAGGCUGGUCGAAGCAAUGGACAAAGGGAAGCUGGUGGAAAAGUCUUUACUCAGGGUAAAGACGAUAAUGAAAGGUUGGAGACAGGUCAGAGUAGAGAGCAAACAAAUAUGAAAUCUCAGGUGAAACUGAAUGAUAAUUUGCAGAAAAGAGAUGGUUUUGCCGAAAGAAAAGACGAUCUACCCCCUACUAUGAGGAAACGACGAGCAUUCAGGGAGAAGAAGAUUCCUGUGGAUUCAGCAGAUGCUAAUCCAGCUCCAAUGGUAGCAGUAAAGUCAAGCCAUACAGACCAUUUUAUGGAAAGGAAUGAAAGGAAGGAGGAAAGAAGCAGCAAUCCUCAUCAUCUGGAUAGACCCGAGAAACAAAUUACAGAGGGCAGAGCACUCAAUAAGAGUGAAGCAAGGAGGGAUGGUUUUCCGUCAAGAGUAAGGUUUGGGGGCAGUGGAGGCGACAAUAAUUACAGGGGAAGAGAUAAACUUAAUGGAAGACAAGUUAAUCGACCCGUUAAGUCGCGAGUAGACAAGUGGAAACAUGAUUUGUAUCAAGAGGUUAACAAGGAUCCUGUUCCUAAGAAUGAGGAUGAUCAGAUUGCUAAGUUAGAAGCACUCUUGGCUUCGUAACGGAAGCCGUAUUUGCUAAGCCUCUAUUCUUUUUUGUCUUAAAAAAAAUCAAGUCGUGGCUUUUCGGACAAUUUCCAGAGGUGCUUGAUUAUUGGGCAUCAGAGCAAUAUGCAACCUACAAGCUCGGAUUACCUGUUUUUGUUUUAACUUCAAUUUACUUUUUUGGUAAGAGAACAAUAUCUAGAGUGAGACUCUUUUUGUUUAUGACAUCUCGUCUACCUAUUUCACA